AUGCGUUCCGGUCUUGUCGCAGCUGCUUCCGCGGCCCUUGUGACUUCGGUUGCUGCUCAAGCUUCAACCACUAUCUCUCAAUCCAUGCCACCCACUGCUACUGCUGGAUUCAACAGCGCGCCAAUUCCUCGACAACAGAGAUUCCAAUGGUGUUUGGGCCAGAGAAAUGCUUGUCCACAGAUCUGCGGCGGCUCAGCUACAACGAAUAACUGCGAGGAGAAUGAUCUGACCUACUCGUGCGUUUGCUCGAACGGCACUGUCCCUGAUGUCUCCGCGUAUCGAGAUACCCUGCCUUUCUACAUCUGCACGGAGACGUUCAACCAAUGUAUUGCAGCACACCCGGACGAUGCGGAAGGACAAGAUACUUGCCAAGAAAACCAGAGGUGCGGCACAUUGAAUGCCACAGCAGUUGAGAGCAGCUCGAGUGAUUCUUCCGCCUCAUCGGCCACCUCAGCUACCUCGGCUUCCACCGUGGCAACUUCCACCUCGGCCGCGUCCGGAUCAGCGUCCGCAGCUUCAACUGCGAGUGCCGCUCCGACCAAUGCUGCUGUUACCGUCUCUCAACAGAUUUCCACAACAGCCCUCGCAGCUCUUUUCAUGACCGCUUUCAAGCUCUUCCUCUAA